AACUUUUGUUGCCAAUAGAAUGAACAACUAGAUACUUCGUGUCUGCCACGUAUUCAGGUAGUUUGCAGUGAGUAGGAAUUGCUUAUUCGUAACUGUUACACAUUCACUUAGUAUUACUUCAUGCAUAUAUUGCUUCUUUAAUUCUGAAAUGUUACUCAGUUUUUUAAGCUGGUUUUGUACAUCACUCUUCUUGAAUGUGAGGGGAGCAAAACUACCAGAGCCGGAGGUGAAAAUGGAAGUUUUGCACAAACCUUUGCUGUGUCACCGCAAGUCUAAGUAUGGAGAUAUGCUCCUGGUGCACUACGAGGGAUUUCUGGAGAGCAAUGGCACUAUGUUUCAUUCAAGCCGUGUCCAUGGUGAUAAGCAGCCGGUCUGGUUCACCUUGGGGAAUCGAGAGGUGAUCAAGGGCUGGGACAAGGGGCUGCAGAACAUGUGCGCAGGAGAACGGAGGAAACUGACUGUACCGCCCGCUCUGGCCUAUGGGAAGGAGGGAAAAGGAAAAAUCCCCCCUGAGAGCACACUGGUCUUCGACAUAGAGAUCAUGGAGAUCAGAAAUGGUCCCAGGUCUCAUGAGUCUUUCCGGGAAAUGGACCUGAAUGAUGACUGGAAGCUCUCCAAACAAGAGGUGAAAGAAUAUCUGCAGAAAGAGUUUGAGAAACAUGGAUAUUCUGCCAAUGAUACACACCAUGAGGAAAUGGUAGAAGACAUUUUCAAGAACGAGGAUGAAGAUGGGGACGGAUAUAUAUCUGCCAGAGAAUUUACUUUCCAACAUGACGAACUAUAGGUAGAAACCAAUAGGAUAUCAAUACCUCAACAAAAUGUUGUUUUUUCAAUUUAAUUCCAGCAUAUUUAGAAUUUAGACCUGAAAAAGUGAUAAGUUGCUUGACUACAUUUUAAAGCAGUAUUUAAGCCAUUAAAGUCUGACAGUUCCUUAAAGGUCACAACUUUUUGAAGCUCUGUUACUUUUUUAGAUUUUGUAAGUGAGAUUUUGGUGUUUUUUCCCCGAAACAAACUGUGAUUAAUGUCAAAACGUUUUACAAUAAUGUAAACAGGUUUUUUAUACAUUUUUAAUAACAAGAUGGAGCACAUGACUGGAUUAUUAAAGUUAAUAUUUUAUAUGAAUUGUUA